AUGCAGUUCUGGUCCUUUAGGAAGUGUCAGUUAUACUUUGAUUCAUCGAGCUCUGUCUUUGCUUGGCUUGUGUUACAGAAUAGUAUGGUGCUUUCUGCUGCUAUCUUCAUCACACUGUUUGGCCUGAUCAUAUACCUGCACUUCGUGAAAGUUGACCAGGAAUCCCUGUUGGUCAUCGGCUCACUCGGCAUUCAGGUGACCUCAUCCUAUGCUUCAGGGAGAGAGAGCACAACCUUCAUUGAGAUGGGUCAAGUGAAGGAUGUGGUUAUCAAUGAAGCCAUCCAUAUGCAAAAAGUUAUCUACUACCUGUGCAUCCUCCUCCAGGACCCUGGAGAUCCUCAGGGAGUAUCUGAGGUUGUGCCACUCUUUCAGAGCUCCAAGCCACGCCUGGACUGCUUAAUAGAAGUGUACAAAAGUUGUCAAGAAAUCCUGGAGCAGAGGAAGACAGCUCCACAAUCAAGUGGAAUAAAAUAG